UCGGGGUUCCGGUGAUGGCGGCGUUCGGAUUUGCGAUGGGUGGUAGCAAUUGGUUUUCGGCUUUGGCGCUCGGGGUGACUCUCCUCAAAUGCCUUCUCAUCCCCACAUAUCAUUCCACAGAUUUUGAAGUACACCGAAAUUGGCUUGCUAUCACUCACAGCCUUCCAAUAUCACAAUGGUAUUAUGAGGCAACUUCAGAGUGGACCUUGGAUUACCCUCCUUUUUUUGCAUGGUUUGAGUAUGUUCUGUCACAUGUUGCCAAAUAUUUUGAUCGAGAGAUGCUGAACGUCCAUAAUCUGAAUUACUCCAGCUCAAGGACCUUACUUUUCCAGAGAUUUUCUGUCAUCUUUACAGAUGCACUCUUUGUAUAUGCAGUCCAUGAGUGCUGUAAAUGCAUUGAUGGAAAAAAAGCAAGUAAAGAAUUGACAGAGAAGCCAAAGUUUAUCCUAUCAGUUUUACUGCUCUGGAACUUUGGGUUGUUAAUUGUGGACCAUAUUCAUUUCCAGUACAAUGGUUUUUUAUUUGGAUUAAUGCUACUCUCCAUUGCACGAUUAUUUCAGAAAAGGCAUAUGGAAGGAGCAUUUCUCUUUGCUGUUCUCCUACAUUUCAAGCACAUCUACCUCUACGUAGCGCCAGCUUAUGGUGUAUAUCUUCUGCGAUCUUACUGUUUCACUGCAAAUAAACCAGAUGGAUCCAUUCGAUGGAAGAGUUUCAGCUUUAUCCGUGUUAUUUCCUUGGGACUGAUUGUUUUCCUAGUUUCUGCUCUUUCAUUGGGUCCUUUCCUGGCCUUGAACCAGCUGCCUCAAGUCUUUUCACGACUCUUCCCUUUCAAGAGGGGCCUCUGCCAUGCAUAUUGGGCUCCAAAUUUCUGGGCUUUGUACAAUGCUUUGGACAAAGUGCUAUCUGUCAUCGGUUUGGAAUUAAAACUUCUUGAUCCCAACAAGAUUCCCAAGGCCUCAAUGACAAGUGGUUUGGUUCAACAGUUCCAACACACAGUCCUUCCCUCAGUGACUCCCUUGGCAACCCUCAUCUGCACCCUGAUUGCUAUAGUGCCCUCUAUUUUCUGUCUUUGGUUUAAACCCCAAGGGCCCAAAGGCUUUCUCCGAUGUCUGAUUCUUUGUGCCUUGAGCGCCUUCAUGUUUGGGUGGCAUGUCCAUGAAAAAGCCAUACUCCUUUCAGUUCUCCCAAUGAGCCUUUUGUCUGUGGGAAAACCAGGAGAUGCUUCGAUUUUUCUGAUACUGACCACAACAGGCCAUUAUUCCCUCUUCCCUCUGCUCUUCACUGCACCAGAACUCCCCAUUAAAAUCCUACUCAUGUUACUCUUCACCACCUAUAGUAUUUCCUCACUGAAGACUCUUUUCAGAAAAGAAAAACCUCUUUUUAAUUGGCUGGAAACUUUCUACCUCCUUGGUCUGGGGCCUCUGGAAGUCUGCUGUGAAUUUAUAUUCCCUUUUACCCCCUGGAAGCUGAAGUACCCCUUCAUCCCCUUGUUACUCACCUCAGUGUAUUGUGCAGUGGGUAUCACAUAUGCUUGGUUCAAACUGUAUGUUUCAGUUUUGACUGACUCUCCUCUUGUUAAAACAAAGAAGCAUGAAUAAACAAACUGCUUGGAUAUAUUCCAAGCAAUUAUUUCAUGGGAAAUUAAUCAGAAGUUGAAGAAAGUUGCUGGUGGCAUGAGCCAUUUGUUUUAAUAGGUCUGUUUAGUGGAUGAUUCUUCUGAAUUUGGCCUUGCCCAGCCUAGCAACCUGAUUGUCACCAUGGAGAAAAGCCACCUGCCCUCCAUAAGCAGUGAAACACAUCGGAAACAAAUCUCUCCUUCCCUGGUUAAAAUCAUCUGUGAUUAUUCAGAUUGCUCUGUUUGCUUAAGGCCAACAAUUAAUCUGAUCAAUGGUAUAAUUAUUUGCUGCCUGUUAAAGCCACUGUCAGGAUAUAAAGCAUAAUUAGAAUAAUGUAUUAAGGGAAAUGUAAAUAAAAAACCAUUUUAUAUUUC